UCUGUAUACAAACGAUUGCAUAAGGUUCAGUCAUUCAGCUGCUCGCACACUGUGCUCCUUUAAACGAGACGUUCCAGGUUUAAGCUGGGAUGCGAACCCUUGCGCUGUUCUCCUUGUGGGUACUGGGAACAUCAGCUGUGUUGCCGGACCCCAGCCCAACAACAGAAGAACCUAUUCCAUGUUCCAAGGGAUGCGCCUGUCUGCACGAUGACUACAGCCUGGAACUCAACAUGUACUGCAGCGGCCGCAACCUCAGCCAAGUCCCGACGGACAUGCCAAGAGCGACGCACUCUCUCUGGCUGGACGGCAACCUUUUCGCCACAUUGCCUGCGGCCUUGUUCAAGGAUCUCAGCAAUCUGGACUUCUUGAAUUUACAGAGUGGCCAGCUGGCAACCGUGGACGCUCAGGCUUUCCAAGGACUUAGGACUCUGGCUCACAUUCACCUUGAGCGCAACUGCCUGCGCGCGUUACCAGGUACCGUCUUCCAGAACACGCCAAACCUUGCCUCCAUCAGUCUGCACAACAACCAGCUCGCUCGCAUUGAGGAAAAACUCUUUUCCGGACUCUCACACAUGUGGCUUCUCAACUUGGGCUGGAACUCAAUAGCGGUCUUGCCUGAGAACGUUUUCCACGACCUGCAGGGUCUGAGAGAACUGGUUCUCGCAGGAAACCGACUCGCCUACCUGCAGGUGCAGCUCUUUCAGAAUCUCGGCGAGCUGAAAGAAUUGGACCUAACAGGAAAUUUCCUCAAAGUCAUCAAGGCGAAUGUGUUUGUGAAACUUGUUAAACUGCGGAAGCUUUACCUGGCUCAGAACCAGAUUGUGACAGUGGCACCAAGAGCCUUUGUAGGCAUGAGAGCUCUCAGAUGGCUGGACCUCACCAACAACAAACUGACCACCCUCCAUGACGACACCUUCUUGGGCUUGCACAAUCUUCUUGUGCUGCGACUAUCCAAUAACUCCAUCGCAGGAAUUAGGCCCAGGACCUUCCGUGAUCUGCAGUUCUUGGAAGAACUGCGUCUUAGCUACAACAGAAUCCGUGCCGUGGGUGACAGGAUUUUUGAAGGCCUUGGCCAUCUGGAGGUUCUGGAGCUUGAGCACAACCAGGUUCACGAGGCACAAUUGGGUAGCUUCACGGGACUCUCCCAUGUGGCCGUCAUCAACCUGUCAGGAAGCUGCUUCCAUAGUCUACCCGAUCAGCUUUUCAAGGGUCUGUCAAAGCUGCACAGCCUUCAUCUGGACAAAGGCUGUCUGACAAGAAUCACAAGUCAAGCGUUCACAGGGCUGUCAGGUCUACGGAGACUUUUCCUGCAGCACAACAACAUUUCUGCCGUGGAACGCCAGAGCUUUGCAGACCUGGUAGGCCUACUGGGACUGGACUUAAGUUUCAACAAGUUAGACGUUCUCACCAGCCACACAUUUUCCGGUCUGAAGAAUCUGGAGUACUUGCUGCUGUCCAACAACGAAUGCCGCCAGUUUCCGCACAAUGGCACCAAGAAUCUCCUUCCGAGGCUGCGCUACCUCGAUCUGAGAGCAAACGACUUGACAAGCCUUGUCCCGGAUUUCUCUGAAAACAUGGAGAAGCUUCUGCUGUCCGGAAACCGCUGGAAGUGCGACUGUGGCGCUGUCCCGCUGAGGACCUAUAGCUUGAGGAAUUCGCAUGUGGUGCCUCGGCGAGUGGAGACCCACGCAGAGGGCGAAGAGCCCGACAGCACCAUCACCAUAUACAACAACAUAACGUGCGCUAGCCCAGCACGUCUAGCAGGUCAGGACCUGCGAGAUAUUGACCCUGAACUCUUCCAAACGUGCAGAGCAGCCGUACACUGACGCAGUUUGACAAAUGGUUUGUAGCAAACGUGGCAUCCCCCCCCCCCCACAAAUAAUGAACCGAAUCACUUUGAAAAACAAAAACAAAAAAACAAGAAAUCAGUUUGGUAAGUCAUCUCCGUGACAGGCAGGAGGAUACAAAAAUGGUUGUUUAAUGACAAAUACUGUAAUGUCACACGCAUGUAGAUAUGUGUGAAAAUGUGUUUACCUGAAAAUAGUUUGUGCUGUAAGUGCUG